AGCGAGCGCACAAAAGGCGAGUGUCCAUUUGACAUGUUCACCGGGCAUCCAGGAGACGGAUGCAAGUUCUACCCCAUAAUGAAGAACAACCACGGAGUGUCUUCAAUAAUGUUUAUGCAGUAUCUAGACAGUAUAACGGAUUUCUGCGACGACCCCUACAGCGCCCCGGGGGAGUACGCCCACAACGUCUACGCCCCUAAUAGACAGAACAGGCUGUGUAACUACCGGAGUGCGUGGGAAGUCAUGAGAAAACAUGACGACUUUAGAAAGAUCGGGGGCUCCUCUACCUGCAUUCACUGACACCACGCCCCGGUUUCACUUUGUGCAGGUGAAACCAACAAGGAGAGUUCUCGUUCUUGAUGCCUCCGGAAGUAUGACGGGGCCAUCAAUGGCCAUACUGCGCCAAGCAGCCAGUAACUACAUACUGACCAGUGUUGAGAGUGGAAGCUGGCUUGGCAUUGUACAGUUCAACACGGAUGCAACAACGCUGUCUGAGAUGGUUCACAUCAGGUCCCAGGCAGACAGAGAACUUCUUACCAACCGCUUGCCAACAUACGCCGAGGGCAAGACCAGUAUAGGGGCCGGUCUCGGAAAGGCUCUGGCGGCCCUAGAGAGUUCGAAGACGGGUUCAGGUGGAACUCUGAUAUUAAUUACUGACGGCAAGGAGAACAAGUCACCUUGGAUAAAGGAUAUCAAACCCAGGCUGUUCAAGAGCAAGGUGAUGAUUCACGCCAUCGCCUAUACUCAACAAGCGGAAGCAAGCAUAGCGCAGCUCGCAGGGGAAACGGAAGGGCGGACAUUUUUCUUUACUGGAGAACCCAACUCGACUUCGUUGAUUGACGGACUAGCUGCGACUGUUGGAGCCCAAAGCUUCGACAAUUUUGCAGUCUCUGUGAGUUCUGAAGCUGCAAAGAUACUCCGAAAGACUCCUCACGUCGGCAGCUUCAUCAUCGACAAGACCAUCGGCCGUGAGACAACGGUGACAAUCACCUCCGACAAACCAGUCGAUGUCCUCUUGCAUGACCCAACGGAUGCCACGACGAAAACAGAUGUCUUCAAAAACAGCACCAAUGGCAUUCUGACGGCGAUUAUACCAGGUCUUGCAAUGAAAGGAGAAUGGAAAUACACAGUGUCAUCCUUAGGACCAUACGCUAAUGCCCUCGUUCACGUGCAGUCCAAGGCAAGGUCAAAAGGUCAUGACGUCAUUCAAGCACGAUCUUGGGUUUCCACAGAACUAUUAACAUUUGAAACCAAAGCCAGGUUCACUAUUUUUGCUGACGUGACGCGAGGCACUGCCCCCGUUCUUGGCGCAAAGGUCAAGGCCACAAUGGAAAGACCAGGAGCAGGUACCUCUGAGGUUGAGUUGCUCGACGAUGGCGUUGGCUCUGAUCUAAUCAAGGACGAUGGAGUAUAUUCAUCGUACAUUCUUCCACGUGAUCUUAAAGGGAAUGGAAGGUACAAUAUGAAGGUGAAGGUUAUUGGAGAAAACGUGUCAACCAAGGUCAUUACGAAAGGUCACCAGACAGGUGCUCUUGAAACAGGGAGUUCAGGAAAUGUCUUGAAGUCCGGAAAGGAGACAGAAAGUCUGGGUGACUUCCAAAGAGUGACAACAGCGGGGGAGUUUCGAGUACAGGGAUACCCGUCAGUUGAACCCGACAUUCGAGAUGUCAUACCACCUGCGAAAAUUGGGGACUUUACCGUGACGUCAUUUGACCAAGAUGUUGGAGUUGUCGCGCUGGAGUGGACAGCCGUUGGUGAUGACAUGGGUCGUGGGAGAGCGACUGGAUACAAGAUCCACAUGUCCAGGGAUAUUGGAGAGCUGCUACACAAUAUCGAUACCUCAGAAGAGAUCAGCAGCUUGGCACGCAAUAGAACUCUACAAGAACCAAAGGACGUCGGUCUUCUCGAACAGCUCGAACUGCAAAUAAAGCAACUUCACAAAAACGACACCAUCUUCCUGGCUCUGCGUGCAUACGACGAAGCCAACAACUACGGCGAGGUUUCAAACAUCGUCUCCGUCUCGUACGUCGACGAAGUUGCUGUACCACGUGAGCGUAUUGACGUUCCCAUGACGUCGUUUCUUGCCGUCAUCAUUGCGCCGAUGGUUGGAUUCCUUUUGUUUCUUGUGCUAAUGACGAUUGUGUGUUUGGUGUGGUCAAACAAUCGACAGAAGGAACACAGUCGAAGGAAGAUGUUUCGAGCGGACAGUUCGUCGUCGUUGAAGUCUGUGACGUCGGAGUAUCCUCAUAUGAACUACCGAGUCGAUGGCGAGUAUGUUAGGCGCUGGAAAGAAGAACCCAGUUCAUGGACAAUGCCGUGAAACCAAUUACCAUCAUAAUCACGUAUGCCAAAGACUCCGUAUAUAGUUGUGCAUUUACUGAGAGAAAGGAGUAACGCCUAUGCCACCCUAUUAGUAUUAUGCUCAUAUAAUAUAAUCAGGUCUCGCGAGAAAGGGUAAGCUUGUCAUUGGACAAUGGAGUGUUGUUCUGUUUCAGCGAAAAUACAAACCGGUGGUUUCGAGAGAUAGCGAUAUGCAUUUGUCACAUGUGACAAAGGAUAGACAUGAAUGUGACUGUGAAUAUAAAUGAUGCUGCUGAAAUAUAUAUCUGUGCUAAUUAUCGGUGUCAUUGCAUAAUAUAUUGGAGCGAAAAAGGUUUCCUACCGAAAGAAACGGGAAAGAUAUUAUGUGUGUUUCGAGUUAAGGUGACCCAAGACACUGUUUCGAGAGAGAAGAAGUUCCGCAUGAGGAGUUUAAUUCAAGGCUGAAUUCAACACAAGCCAGGCACAUGAAGACAUUUGAACCCCGAACCUUAAAUGUGUGUUUGUCCGCUGCCAGUUUUCGAGAGAGGGCCAUGGCUGGGUGAGUAUGGUUGGUAUAAGCUGUGGAACGUUGCCCUGCAGAGAUGGGCCCCUUAACCGUCGAUGGAUCCGCUGGGCAAGGUACUCAAGAUGAUUUGGAUCCAUGUUCGUGAGUUUCACAAAAGUCAAUGACCCCUGCCACAUCUUGUGCUUUCAUCCUGAAGAAGACUGACAGGCUGAUCAAGGCGAUGUCCGCAGGUGGCAACAUGACUUGUGGGCGGUGAGGUAGCCUUUCUGUUAGCGUGUGUGCUGUAGAAAUCGAAGGUCAUGUUUGAUUUUCCCACGGGGUCCAUUCGUGGUAACUUGUGGUGAAAUAUUGCCAUAACCGGCUAUAGCCUCAUUUACGCAUGUAACGAACGAAAACAGGACAUGCAUUGAGUCAAAGACUAAGAAUUUAUGCUUUUCUGUAGAUAACGUGUAUACUUUGUGUAUAUAGAUAGUGCAGAGUGAAUGUCCGCCACAGUCUUACAUCUAUAGAUAUAUUUUGAUAUAUUAUUGUGUCUCAUAUUUAAUAAACGUAUUGCUCGAU